GUAGCGCCGGUCUGCGGUAGGCGCGAGAACGCGCGGGGCGGCGCGGGUCCGGGCAUGAAGCUGGGCCGGGCCGCACUGGGCCUGGUGCUGCUGGCGCCGUUGGCGGUGCGGGCGGUGGAGCCCAUCAGCCUGGGACUGGCCCUGGCCGGCGUCCUCACCGGCUACAUCUCCUACCCGCGCCUCUACUGCCUGUUCGCCGAGUGCUGCAGCCAGAAGCAGAGCCUCAGCCGAGACGCGCUGCAGAAGGAUCUGGACAGCAAGCUCUUUGGACAGCAUCUUGCAAAGAAAGUCAUCUUAAAUGCUGUGUCUGGCUUCAUAAGCAACCCGAAGCCCAAGAAACCUCUCACCCUCUCCCUACACGGGUGGACGGGCACCGGCAAAAAUUUUGUCAGCAAGAUCAUCGCAGAGAAUAUUUACGAGGGUGGUCUGAACAGUGACUACGUCCACCUGUUUGUGGCCACACUGCACUUCCCUCACGUCUCCAACAUCACCCUGUAUAAGGAUCAGUUACAGUCGUGGAUUCGCGGCAAUGUGAGUGCCUGUGCGAGGUCCAUCUUCAUAUUUGAUGAGAUGGACAAGAUGCAUGCUGGCCUCAUAGAUGCCAUCAAGCCUUACCUAGACUAUUAUGACAACUUGGAUGGCGUCUCCUAUCAGAAAGCCAUCUUCAUGUUUCUCAGCAAUGCUGGAGCAGAAAGGAUCACAGACGUGGCUUUAGAUUUCUGGAGAAGUGGAAAGCAGAGGGAAGAAAUCAAGCUCAGAGACAUGGAGCAUGUCUUGUCUGUGUCGGCCUUCAAUAACAAGAACAGUGGCUUCUGGCACAGCAGCUUAAUUGACCGAAAUCUCAUUGAUUAUUUUGUUCCCUUCCUCCCCCUGGAAUAUAAACACCUAAAAAUGUGCAUCCGAGUCGAAAUGCAGUCCCGAGGCUACAAAGUUGACGAGGACAUUGUAAGCAGAGUGGCCGAGGAGAUGACAUUUUUCCCCAAAGAGGAGAGAGUUUUCUCUGACAAAGGCUGCAAAACUGUGUUCACCAAGUUAGAUUAUUACUACGAUGACUGAUGGCACCAGAGAUGUCGCUUCCCGCAUCCCCGCUCUGGUCCCGGAAGAGGAGUAAAAUGAAUUAUUCCGGUGUGACAGGACAGGCAUUUUCCUGGGCGUUAUUUUCAUCCAGCAGGGCCUGCGGGCCGUCGGUGACGCAUCACAGAUGUAAACAGCCCCAGAGCCUACAGAAGCAGGAGGAGCCGGCCCCCAGCUCACGUGUGCCAGGCCUCAUGAUUUUUUAAAAAUCAUGUUUUAAUUUCAAGUGUUUCUGUUUCAAGGAAGGAUGAAUCAGUUUUACUGAAAAUGUGAUAAUUUUAUUUAAAAUGGUUUUUAACAUUAUGAAGAAACUUUUCAGACUCUUAAGUUGUUGGCUUUGUGUGUUUUUUUAAGUUCCUGUCAUUACAACAUACACUGUGAUGUCUUUACUGCUAAAAAGCCUGAGUCCUCGGCCUGUCUUCUGUAGGAUGGUGUCUCUGUACUGGGGACGGAGGCUCUAGCAGUGAGCUGAUCUGUCCCAGGAUGACCAUCGCAAGGGCAGUAAGUGUUUAUAGAAGGACAAGUGUGUAAGGGGACACACUCAGGCCCGUCACAGACAAGACCUAAAUGUCCUCCCCAAGAGUUUUCAUCACAGUAGCAUUGUGAACUGUGGGAAUGAUCUUAGUAACGUCGUGAACAAUUUGUUAGAAACAGAAUUUCCUCGAAAGAAAAGCAUCUGCAGCUUGUCACUGGCCGGUCAGUCAGCUUUGCAAAGGCCCUUCUCUGCUUUCCAUUCCUAAAUGAGCCACACGCUCUGUACCAGGUUUUGCCAUAUUUUCUUAAAACCUUCCUCACUGAUUACUAAUUUUCAUUAUGUUUAAUCAGAACUCCCCAAACCUCUAGGAAAGCUCAGCUGCCCCCCAGGAUGCUGAGAACAGUGUCUUUAUUUAUUAAUGCAAACAGCUACCAUUUUACAAUAAAAUUGUGUACGAUUCGUGAA